AUGCAAAAAGAAAUUUUCGAACAACCUGAAUCUGUUGUUAAUACCAUGCGUGGUCGUGUUAAUUUUAAUACAAAAAAAGUUAUACUUGGUGGUAUUAAAGAUUAUAUUAGUGAAAUUCGUCGUUGUCGUCGUUUAAUAUUAAUUGCAUGUGGAACAAGUUAUCACUCAGCUGUUGCUACACGACAAUUACUUGAAGAAUUAACUGAAUUACCAGUUAUGGUUGAACUGGCAUCAGAUUUUCUUGAUAGAAAUACACCAGUUUUCCGUGAUGAUGUUUGUAUGUUUAUAUCACAAUCAGGUGAAACAGCUGAUACAAUAUUAGCAUUACGAUAUUGCAAACAACGUGGUGCACUUAUACUCGGAUUUACAAAUACAGUGGGAUCGAGUAUUUCACGUGAAUCACAUUGUGGUGUUCAUAUUAAUGCUGGACCAGAAAUUGGUGUGGCAAGUACAAAAGCGUAUACAAGUCAAUUUUUAGCACUUGUUCUAUUUGGUCUUGUUUUAUCGGAAGAUUCAAUAUCAAAACAAUCCCGACGUGAUGAUAUUAUAGAUGGUCUUCAAAAAUUACCUGAAUUAAUUAAACAAGUACUUAACUGUGAUAAAAUAGUACGUGAUUUUGCUGAAGAAUUAUAUAAACAAUCAUCAUUAUUAGUGAUGGGUCGUGGUUUUAAUUUUGCUACAUGCCUUGAAGGUGCUUUGAAAGUUAAAGAAUUAACAUAUAUGCAUUCGGAAGGUAUACUUGCCGGUGAAUUAAAACAUGGUCCAUUAGCUAUGGUUGAUGAUGCAAUGCCAAUUGUUAUGAUUAUUAUGGAUGAUCCUGUUAAAAUAAAAUGUAUGAAUGCAUAUUCACAAGUUCAAGCUCGUGGUGGUCAGCCAAUAUUAAUUUGUAAUGAUGAUGAUGAAGAAUUGAAUAAAUUAGAAAAUCGACGUAUAACUGUUCCACGUACAGUUGAUUGUUUACAAGGAAUUUUAUGUGUUGUGCCAAUGCAAUUACUUUCAUUUCAUAUUGCAGUAUUACGAGGAUAUGAUGUUGACUGUCCAAGAAAUUUAGCUAAAUCAGUUACUGUUGCAUAA